CAGGCCCACCUUGGCUGCCUUAGAGGACUAGGGACCAGGGAGGCCUUAGGGGACCAGAGACCAACUCCCCAUGCACUGGGAACUGUGUUGUGUCCUGGGCACCUGGCCAUGGGGAACCAGCACCCCUUCCAGGCCCUUCAGCCUCUCCUUUGCCUGCUGCUUCUCCCGCCACUGCUCUCGGUGGCUGGGCCAAGCUGGGUACCCCAAGAGCAGCUGGUGUGGGCUCUGCUGAAGGACUGUCAGGCCACCUUCCAUGCUACUCUCCCAGGUCCCGCGUUCUGCAAUAGCACCUUGGACCAGAUCGGGACGUGCUGGCCCCGGAGCGCGGCGGGCGCCCUGGUGGAGAGGCCGUGCCCGGAGUAUUUCAACGGCGUCAAGUACAACACGACGGGGAGUGCCCACCGGCAGUGCUGGGACAAUGGAACAUGGGCCUGGAUGAUUGACUACUCUCAGUGUAAGCCCAUUCUGGAUGGCAGGGAGCUGAAGUACGAGAUGCACUACCAUGCCGCCCUGGUCCUCAACUACCUGGGCCACUGUGUGUCGGUGGUCGCCCUGCUUGCUGCCUUCCUGCUCUUCCUGGCCCUGCGGAGCAUCCGCUGCCUGCGGAACGUGAUUCACUGGAACCUCAUAACCACCUUCAUCCUGCGCAACAGCACGUGGUUCUUGCUACAGCUCAUCGACCACGAGGUCCACGAGAGCAACGAGGUGUGGUGCCGCUGCGUCACCUCUGUCUUCAACUACUUUGUGGUCACCAACUUCUUCUGGAUGUUCGUGGAGGGCUGCUACCUGCACGUGGCCAUCGCCAGGGCCUACUCCACCGAGCGCCUGCGCACCGGCCUUUUCCUCUUCAUCGGCUGGUGCAUCCCCUGUCCCAUCAUUGUGGCCUGGGCUAUGGGCAAACUCUACUACGAAAAUGAACAGUGCUGGUUCGGGAAGGAGCCUGGUGACCUGGUGGACUUCAUCUACCAAGGGCCCAUCAUCCUUGUUCUCUUGAUCAACUUUAUCUUCCUCUUCAACAUCGUCAGGAUCCUGAUGACCAAGCUAAGGGCAUCCACCACAUCUGAGAUGGUCCAGUAUAGGAAAGCAGUAAAGGCCACCCUGGUCCUGCUGCCUCUGCUUGGCAUCACCUACAUGCUCUUCUUCGUCAACCCAGGGGAUGAUGGCCUGUCUCACAUUAUCUUCAUCUACUUCAACUCCUUCCUGCAAUCCUUCCAGGGCUUCUUCGUGUCUGUCUUCUACUGCUUCUUCAACGGAGAGGUACGCUCAGCCGUGAGGAAGAAGUGGCACCGCUGGCAGGACCGCCAUGCACUGCAGGUGCCAGUGGCUCGGGCCAUGUCCAUCCCUACCUCACCCACCCGGGUCAGCUUCCAUAGCAUCAAGCAGACAGUGGCCAUGUGAAUCCACAGCACCCACUGCUGCCAACGCCUGCAUCCACCAUGGUCUUUCUUGAGGUCUCCUGCAGGGUUUGGGCCACUGGGCAGCAGGAUGGGGGCCAGGAGAGCGGGCUAUGCUCAUGCACCAGACG